CUGACAUUUGGGGGAUAUCUGUACCGUCUGACAUUUGGGGGAUAUCUGUACCGUCCUGACAUUUGGGGGAUAUCUGUACCGUCCUUACAUUUGGGGGAUAUCUGUACCGUCCUGACAUUUGGGGGAUAUCUGUACCGUCCUGACAUUUGGGGGAUAUCUGUACCGUCCUGACAUUUGGGGGAUAUCUGUCCUGUCCUGACAUUUGGGGGAUAUCUGUACUGUCCUGACAUUUGGGGGAUAUCUGUACUGUCCUGACAUUUGGGGGAUAUCUGUACUGUUCUGACAUUUGGGGGGAUAUCUGUACUGUUCUGACAUUUGGGGGAUAUCUGUACUGUCCUGACAUUUGGGGGAUAUCUGUACUGUUCUGACAUUUGGGGGAUAUCUGU